AUGAUGAUCCUUUGCUUUUUCACUCAAUACUUUAGUGAUCCUAUUAUGGCUGAAUCCCUAAGUGAAGCUUCUGGAAGCCUGGAAGUUCUGGAGGCCAGUGAUGAGGGAAAGAAGAAAUCCAAAUUUAAAGGCUUGAAGAGCUUUUUUGGCAAGAAGAAGAAGAAAGGGCCCGAGGAUGCCCAGGGAGGGAGGCAGCUGACACCAAGCCUGUCCAGCGGCAGCAUCCACAUCUCUACUGUGGAGUCAGUUCAGGAAGGUGACCCAGCUGGGUCUAGCGUCACGAGCAUCAUGGGGAGCAAAGCCCUGUCCCAUGACAGCAUCUUCAUGUUGGAUCCUGAGCCUGAAAUAAAACUCUUCCCAUCUCCAGAGUUCCCAAGAGGCAGAUCUCUACAGAGAUCUUAUGUUUCCAGAACUCUGCCUAGAACCAGGGCGAGUGGUCUUCACGGAGCUGUUUCUGGAAUUGUGUUUGGAACUAUGCUCCCAUACGUACCCAGAAGUGCCAUUUGGGCUGAGGAAUCCGAGAUCACUGAGAGGUCAUCACCGUUGGCACGCCAACGCAGCAUCAGCCCACCUGUUACCCGAUCUGACACAAUCUGUAAGGACUUUGAAGAAAUCUCUGUUGAUGAAGAAUCACCUAAGUUCUCACCAAAGGAAGUUAUAGAGGAGACCGUGACAUUGAAGAGCUCCUUUGAGCCCUCACUUGAACCCGUUCAGUCACAGUCCUUGACCACGUUUGCCAGGAUAGCCUGUCCCAGCAGCACUCAGCUGCCCCUUGGUUUUAGCACCCCAGACUCCACCAGGAGCUGUCUGGACUCUUCAGCUGCUCGGCACAAGAUGGCUUUAAAUCCCCAGAAACAAAAGAAGAACCUAACUUCUGGGAAUGCACUCAGCCCUUCUUUGUACAGGAUAUUCAACUGUAGCCCAGAUCAGGUGAAGCCAACGCAGGAGGAGCCAGACCUUCCGCUGGCACCUGAGGCAGAGAAGAGUACAAUGCAACCCAAAGAAGCGAGCCAGAAGAAGCCAAGAAAAGACAUUAUAGGGACCUCAAGCCUGGAGCAGAGCAAGAAAACUGAGAGUCUGUAUAAGAAGACGGCGGAGCAGGCCAUAAGCCCAGAUGCUGCCAGUGCUCAGGGGCGCCUGUCAUUGUCCGUGGUGUAUAGAAAACGACGUGUAAGAAAAGGACCCAGUGCUGCGGGAACCAAUGAGUGUACGCUCCCAGGAAGAAGCUUCAAACGGUCUUCUGCCUUCUCUGGAGACCUCUCUUUGGAGGAGUCCACAACUCCACUGACAUUAAGUGUGACUCCUCAAGACGUACUUGUGGACAAAGAUGGCCUGGGCCAGAGAAAUCCCGGGAUAGACUUUAAAGCUGGAAAAGCAUCAGUGGCCCAGUCCGGGCCUGAAGACGUGGGUGGUGACCCGUCACCGUGCCGUGAAGAUGGGGCCUCCAGAGCCAAGAAGCCAGAAGCCAGAGCUACUCUUUCAUCAGCGGCGACCUCGGCCAAACCGUGUGAGCAUCCUUCUCAUACCGAGUCCGAGAGGAAAGAGGCGUCCAGCUCCGAGUUGCAAGGUCGCCGGCUGAAAACAGAGUCGGUUCAAGAUAUUCCGACUGUCGGCAGAGAAAAGCCGGCAAGUGCUUUGGCAGAGAGAGGCAUUUCUGUGGACAGGCCUUCUCACGGGAGCCUUUCCUGGGCUGCGCGGGAGCCAGCUGAAGAAGCAUCCUCAAGUUCUGAGAGUUCUUUAGAGGUGGGGGGUGGUUCAGAGCAGCAGGUGGCCCCCAGGCUUUCUUUCCAGUCCUUGCAGAGGCCCAAAGAUGGCCAAAAAGUCUUCACAAGCCCAGGAAGUGCAGCUGCAGAUUCGAGCCAGCCUGGGCAGCAGCUGGCUUCUAGAUCCCCUUCACUGGCCUUGGCGCAGCCUGAGGCUGAAGAAGAGUCCUUGGACUCAGAGAGCGCUCCAGAAGACAUGGAUGCCUGCCAGGCAGCAGGGAAGCCUGACGGUGGCGCAGGACUCGCCACAGAUUCCAAGAGCACUUCUGCAGAGGACGAGGCUUCGACGGCCUUGGGGAGGCCCAAAGACAAAGGGUCCACAGGGCGGCACGGCGCCGCCGACAAGUUCAAGAGUGCUGACCCUUCCCAGGCCUCGAGGGAGAAGCCCAAAGACCAAAGAGAAUCCCUCUCUGUUUCGAAGGAUGCAUUUAUGGAGUGGGGCAUUUCCAUGCAGCCUCCUCUGUCCUUCUGGAAGCCAGCUGUUAAGAAGCGAGUGUUCUCGGACCCGCUGGGGGCUCUGGCACAGCCUUCCCAGGCCUCGGCAAAUGCUGGAGCCGAGCAGCAAGCCUCCUGGACGGAGCGUACGGAGACCACAGGUCAGGAGUGGGGCCUCUCUGGUGAGCUGCUGCCUCCCAGGACCCCUUUGAAGCGUGUGUUGCAGCUUAAUGUGGAACAGCCAGUCUCCAAAAGCCCAGACAUCGCUAUGGCAACGGGCAUCAAUUCUGAGGCUCCCGAAUGUCAUUCUAAGUCUCCCCCAAAAGCCAUAGUUGUGGAUGCAGUCCCUGUCGGUCCAGAGUGCGUGGCUGUCCAGGACAGCAUUCCUAAGCAAGCACUGCCCUCCAGUGGUCCUUUCCAGGUCCUACUGAGACCGGUAGUUGAGGAUCCAGUGUCCUGCGGUGCGGAAAGCGUGGUGGUUGAGAAGAACACCUCUAUGCAGCCACUGGUCCCCAAACAUCAAUCCCUGAGGCAACCUGUGGUCCAAGACUCAGCAAGUCCAGAGAGUGCUGAAGCUGAGGGGGGCCCACUGCUCCCCAAGCAUGCUGCUCAGUCCUUGGUGAGACUUCAAAGCCAGCAGAUGUCAGAGAACGCGGCGGUCAAGGAAGGCAAGUACGUCAAGCCGCUGAGCCGAGGCCCUUCCCAGCCCUCGGGGGGGCCCAAACCCCAGGCACAGACCCUCACCCGUGACUCAGUAAGUGCUUCUGCAGGCAGUGGUCCUGAGGAGAAGACGCCUCCGCCACACAACUCCCAGGCCUGGAUGAGCCCCAAAGUUGAGCAAGAAGCAGGGGCGGUUCCCGAGAGCACUGGGGCGGAGUGGGGCAUCGCUGUGCAGCCGCUGCCGUCCAGGAAGUCCUCUUGGUUCCGGAAGAGGCCAGGAUCGAAGCAACAAGCCACCUCCGGCUCAGGGAGUGCUCCGGCAGCACAGAGCACUCCGGGGGAGCCAAAGCCUCCCAAGAGCGCUUUGCAGGCCAGGGGCCACCAUACAUUGAAGCAAGCAGCCUCUAGGGAUCCGGAAGGUGCUGAAGCCGAGAAGGGCAUGGAUGAGUCACCCACCACAAUGUCUUCUCAGUCCCCAAUGAAACCCGUGGUGAAACAGGCAGUCUCUGCAGGUCCAGAGAGUGUGGCCGCCAAGAGGGAGACUUCCGAAAAGGCGCUGCCUUGCAGGCACCUUGCCAGGCUCCGUGUGGGGCACAGAUUCGAGCAAAUAUCUUCAAAGUUUGAGAGCGUCACUGCAGAGAGCACCGUCUCUGAGAAGCCGCUGCUUUUCAGCGGUCAUACCCGGGUCGUGGUGAGGUCUAAAGUCCAGGAAAUGUCCUCUCCACGAGAGAACAAGGCCCUUGAAGGAGACCUGUCUAAGAAGUCACCAAUGCCUAGAUAUCCUUCCAAGUCAUUUGUGAAGUAUAUGGUAGAACAAGUCUUUUCAGAGAGCCCCGCGGCUGAGGGGGGAGUCCUCGUGGAUCCCGCGGCUACAAAGCCACCUUCCAAACCUUCAGUGAGGCCCAAAUUCCAGUUCCAAGUCUCCUCAGGGCAGGAGAGCACCAGCAUGGAGGGAGGCCCCUUGCAGUUCUCAGGGAGGCCCAAAGACCCCAAAGAAGUCUCCUCACAGUCUGAGAGCACUCCCAUGAAGUUGAGCGGUUCAAAAGAGCAACCGCCUCCCAGAAGCCUUUCCCAGGCAUUGGGGAAGCUUGAGUACCAGCAAGAUGGCUCUCCGGUCUCUGAGAGCGUUCGUGAAGACAGGAAGAGCUCCAAAGACAAGCCGCCUUCUGAAGGCCCUUCCCAAGCACAUGCUUUCUCAACAGGCUGGGAGAGUGUGCCUAUGGAGCGGAGCUGUUCUAAGAAGCCCCUGCCUCCCAGACCUGCUUGCUGGGCUCUUGCAGACCCUGAAACUCAACGACAGGUUCAUUCAGGUUCCAUGGGCUCUGCUGUUGAGGGAGCGAUUUCUGGGAGCAAUCCUAGUGGCCUGUCCAUACUGAAAGGCCCAGAAUCUCCAUGCAGAACCAAGAAACAUAGCCGCAGCUCUGAAGACCUCUUUAAGAGUACUCUGGCUGUUAGUGCCAAACCUGUGAAGUUUACUUACACUCCCGCCAGCCAGGCAUCCACUUCCAGGGUCACUUACCCUAAGGAGGAAGUUGUCAAGAGCAGCAAUCCAGAUAAUAGACACUCAGAUGUGUCCACCACCAAGGCUGAUAUUGAAAACGUCUUUGGAAUUCGACUGAGGAAAGUCCCUACUUCGGAGAAGUUCAAGGGUGAAAAACAAGAUGAUAGUACCAAGCUUUCUUCACUCUCCCCGGACCCCAAGUCACUUCCUGUACGUAAAGAGCUUCGAAUCAGAAGAAGUGCCUCUCAUGGGUUCCUGGGUACCGCGGAGUACUACAUCCUAGAAUAUGACUGUGCAGAGAAGCAACAGGGAAGUCCCAAAUCUGAAAUCAAUGCCGGGAAUCAACCCAGUGACAAGGUCGCAGGAAAGGCUCCUGGUCAACAGGCAUAUCCUAGCGUCUCAGAGCCAACUUGGAGAACCAAGCUCACGGAGAAGCAGAAGGGUUCUUGGGUCCCUGUUCUUACAAAAGAGUGGAGAGCCAAGAACAGAGCCACAGUCAAAGAGGCUUCACAUGCGGGAGAUACCUUUAAAGAUGGAGAACAAGGAAAACAACCAGCAAGUAUUAUUACUUCCAGUGUCAAUAAACAGGAGGCGAUGGCACCAAAGAAGCUACCUGAGCCCGCCAAAGGAGGAUCUGAAGAUGAGAAGCCAUGUCAACAGCUCGCCGGGGGAAGCAGAAUCAGGCGAUCUUCAACUCUCCCGGCCCUAUUCCAAGAGCCGACACAGUCAGAAGAGCCAGUCUGGUUCUCCAUAGCCAAGAGAAAAGCCCAAGUUUGGAGCCAUUUAGCAGAAAUCAUACAAUAAGUAUUUUCUGGGUGGAGCAUCAGCAUUUCAAAUGAUAAUUGCCAAGCACUCUAUUAGUGCCAUGUAGCGAUUUGUGUAUGUUAGCUGUUUUUCUUCAUUAAGCAAAAGAGCCUUAAGAUGGUAAUUAAAGCGAAGAACCAUUAGAAUGUAGCCAAUGCCACGAAUGCCUAACCUUCCCGUACAGUCACUGCCAACACCUGAAAAGCCAGCAUUUCCUCUAUACAAGCAAUGUAAAAUGUUUGCACUGCUAGGGGGCCGUCUUGAACUUGGGCAAUGUGCCUUAGAAGCCAGAACGCAAAAACGGUUUGUUAGAGCAGCUAAGAUGUGGUCAUUUCCCUUCAAGCAAAUGGCCAGAUGAUUUAUCCCAAGGAUUGGCUUUUAGGUUUUAUGAGCCUGGUUAAAUGCUUCCGUUCUUUGGUUCCUGCACCUGGCUUCGCAAAGGCCCCUGGCAGAGGUGGUGGAAGUGAAAAUUCUGGAUCUCCAAGGAAAACUUUGCACAGCUGGUCCCCCAAUUAGCCAUUGAAACACUGCCCAGGUACUCCUGAGGCUCCCCAGUGUCUACAGCUUAGCUCCCUCUUUGCAAAACCCUGUGUCGCAGCUCUGGCAGCAUUGAACACCUCCCUAUGAGACAGAGCAUUUCUUGGGGAUUCUCUCUCUGGCUCUAGCUUUAAGGCGGAAACAACCAAGUAGCCCAGUUUCCAGUCUUGUCUCCUCAGCAGCCUCUGUUUCACAAGAUUUUAGCCCAAAGCCAGACCACACCCCCAAAGCCAGAGAACAAUUCACUUUCUGCCAGCUUGGAAGCCUUAAGUAAUUCAGUCCGCCCAGCCUCUCCAUGUCCUCGUGCAUGGAGGCACCCACCUCCAAAGUCACUAGGCUAGACAGCUCCCCCUCCCCCAGUGAGCCACUCACCCCACACCCCUUCCUUCCAUUCCAUACCCCAGACACACCGAACCCUGAGGGAGAGCUUCCCUUGGGUACCUGUGUGGUACCUAGCUCAUUUUCUUAGGAGACCCAGAAGUGUCUUCUCCGCAUACCUUUUACUGUGUCUGCCUCUUGUCAUCACAGGGCUGCUUUGCUUCCACAGAAAUGAAAACCUAGACAUCUAACUGUGCCUUUAAAUUUGGAGCAGGGUACUGCAAAUGCAAAAAAAUUCAGAAAGGCAGUAAGGCGCCAGAGCUGAUGUAAACCCUUGGUGCUUGGUUUUGCUGGUGAUGGUAUAAUGUGACCUUGUACAAUCAUAUGCUGGAUUUUGCAUUUUCUUUAUAAAACUUCGAUGUUUCCUGAUACUCUUUGCUGUUUUGAUAAUGCUAGGUUUUUAUUGAUUGGAUUUGAUUUCCUUUAUAUUACCGUAGUGAACAGUUUAAUUUAGGUAGACGCCCUUUACCCAGUGACCCUGAUACUUAGGUGUUACACUUCCCUACCCCCUUCCCCAGUGUAGACCCGUUACCUUAUUCUCGCUCCGAGAACUCUCCAUUAACUAUUUCUCUUCCACAGUUAACAAAACUCUGUUUUUAAGUAAAGAUUUUAAGGGUAUUUUUUAAUGCAUAGAUGCACAUUCUGAUAAGUUUUUCUCUUCUUUUAGCAUUUCUCAGUUUUAUUAUAUACAUGCAAAGCAAAUAAAGUCAAUAAAGCUUAUUCCGUCGUC